AAGACCGGAACCAGGAACCUUUGAACAAACGCCUCACUGCGAAACUCGGAUUUGUUUAUUGGUGACACCGUGGGAACAGCUGUUUGGUCCGGGUUAGCAGCUAACAGCUAGCUACAGCUAACUUCAUCACAUUAUAUCAGUCUUUCCACUCCACGUGUUCCAGUCAGACACGAGGAGACAACAAGACUCUUUAACUUUACAGGAAGUGAAAGGUGUUAAACCAAAGUGCCUUCUCACCUUAAAGGUCGCAGGUAGACUGGAGGACUGCUGUCAUGGAGCCUGCCUGUCGUAAAGACAAACCCAAGCUGAACUCGACCCCGACCAGAGGAGACAGAGCCAAGCAGAAGUCUGCACAGCAAGAGCUCAAACAGAGACAGAGAGCUGAGAUUUACGCGCUGAACAAGGUGAUGACAGAGUUGGAGCAGCAGCAGUUUGAGGCCUUUUGUAAACAGAUGCAGUCACAAGGAGAAUGAGGAGUCCUGCUUUCCUCUCUCAUCUGGACCAGGACCCGUCUGCCACCCUGCAGAAACACCAUGUGUACGCACACUAUUACCGACAUACAAUCACACACUUACACUGAUGUCCAAAAAGACAAUCGUUGCUCUUGAUGUUUUACUGACUCUGUAACCUGAACAUGCCAGAGAGUAUUGCUAUGAUAAAGUGAAAGUAGGUCAAAUGUGUCCAAACAGGAACAACUGGAAGCAGAGUUGCAUAUUUCCUACAGACACAUCAGAGUUUGCAUAUUUCCUACAGACACAUCAGGUCAAAGACAUUUCCUUUACUUUAUAUCGGUGCCCUUGAUAUGCCAGUGUUAACGGUGCUCACUUUGAACACUAUCUUGUGAAUGAAUGAUAUUGUAUGUAUGCAGUGCCAACUGGCCUGUACAUGUAUAAUAUUACAUUUUAUUGUAACAGUCACAAGUUUUGCAAUCUAAACAACUUCUAUUUAUGUCAGAUGACUGUAAAAAUAUGUAUAUUAAGUACAGUAUGUCAUCCAUUUGCACUUGAGUUAUACAAUUUUGAUUUAAUAAAAAUAAAAGUGAGUUUUAAAAAAAAAAGUGUGUUUUUAUUUGAUAUUUUCUGCACGUUAUCCAUAUACUAAUGUAAAACACUACAUAAUGGCUACAUGUCUAAUCUUUGUUGCUUUGAGCGCCACAAGCCGAGUACCAUCUAGUUCCAUAUAUAUAUUGGAGAGAAGGCAGACAUCUCUACGGCUGAUAUCUCCAACACUCUGCUACUCACACCAAAACAAUCUAGAUUGAUAAAUAGCACCACAGGUAAGAGGAAGAAAUCUCUAUUUUUUAUUUUCGGGUGAACUGUCCCUUUAAAAGUCUUAACUUUGACUUAAACAAAUUGACACAUAUUUG